CUUGCAAAGACUGUAGAAAUCCUACAGAUUGAAAACAAAAAUCUUAAAGAAUCUCAAGCCGAGCACGCAGUGCUUUUGGACGAACUCGACUCUAUUAAGACUGAAGUUAAAGUGACAAAUACAACUGUGUAUCAAUUGGCAGAGUCUGUUGACAUCAAUUCAGUGUUAACUCUCGGUCUUCGAGACGGCUUAGAGAGAACGAGAACCGCUUUAAACACAACUACACAGACAGUGGAUCUAUUACAAGAAAAGCGUAAAGAUACCCGCCCGGCCUUUUUAGCCAUCCUUUCAGACGAUAUAUCGGCAACAACAGCAGGAAAGGCGACUGUAUUUGACGAUGUUGUCACCAACAUCGGAUCAGCAUACAACGGCAAAACAGGCACGUUCACCGCCCCAAUAGAAGGCCUGUAUCUGUUCUCGGUCAAGAUCACCGGCUAUUAUAAAUCUACAGCUAGCAUUGGGACAACCGAUCAAUAUCAACUGAAAUUGAACAACAAUUUGUAUCUACGACUUUUUGCAGACGUGAACGCAAAAACACAUAAUUUUGAUUCUUCCAGUGUCGUUACCGUAAUGGAGCUUGGAAAAGGCGACCGCGUUCAUGUUGAGAGUCAGAGUUCAAAUACAUAUGUCGAAGGCAGCGAAAGGAACACUUUUUUUUCCGGAUUUCUUAUUGAGUGACAAGUAUUGUGCAUACUUCUUGUUUAUAUCUAUGCAUCUGGAUUACUUUAUGCAUGCAUUCUACGAUAUGCAAACAAUAACAAUAAUUUGUUGUUUACUUUCAUUGCUUUGUUGAAUAUUUAUUGCUUACUAUGCAAGUAUACAUAUGUUCUGUAUAUUUACUUUCGUUGAUAUGGCCUGGUCAGUAGCAAACCUUGAAACAAGAAUACAUUAUUUUAUACCGCACCUGACUUUUCAUUCAAACAAGUUCGUACAGUCAUCAUGAGCUAUUCCGUAAUGUUUUAUGUGAUAAUUCUAAUACGAUCCUCGCGUGAAGACUUAAAUAAGAGUUCACGUUUUCUCAAACGCCUGGGCGAGAUAUGCACUAUAAAAUAUAGUUGAAAGUCCUUGUUAGAAGACGCUAAGCAUUUCGCAGACUUUACUGAUGUAAAACAAAAUUUGUUCGGUAUAAUAAAUUAUUUUAUACCUAAUUUUUACGUUCAAUCGUAGACUAUCAUUCUCAAAAAGUGACUGUACAAUAUAUAUCCGUAUAGGGACACGCGCGCGAAAAAGAACUCCUGUAUUUUCCCCAUAUUGUACGAUUCACAGGUCCCAUAUUAAAUCAAUGAUAAAGACUGAAACGGGUUAAAGGUUCUGAAUGAAAGUUGGGAUCGACAGACGGUCUUAAAUUAGGGUGACAUAAAUUACCUUUAAUAACAAUGAUCAGUCCUUGUUUGUUGGCCAACACAACGUCAAAAUGGUGUAAACAUCUCAUAUCAACGCCUUUAUAAAUAUAAUAUACUUAUAAUAUAUGGAAGAAUGAAGGCAUAGUUUAACUAAGUUUAAAGUUACUUAACAAUGCUUUGUACAACACGCGUUAUAUUUGGGCUCAAGCACAGCUGUGAAAAUAAUAUUGGAUUCGCCAAACGGUAUUGUACAAAACAAUGGUAAAUGACCUAUAACUAUCGAGCACGUUUUGAUAUGACCAUAUUUUAUUUUCGGAAUGCUGAUACAAACUGUGCAACUUUUAAAUAAACAGUUAAGCUGCACUCUCGCAAAUUGACAAUUUUGACAACUUUUUCUUUUUAUUUUUUUGUCUUAAAAUGAGCCAAUUGUUAUUCAAAUGUCUUUAAACCUCUGAUAUAAGAAUAUUUACUAACGAGCAGAUCUCAGUAUUUCAUAUUUAAGUUCGAAUAUUGAUGUUUAAUGGCUGAAAGCUGAGAUUUGAUAUAUAUCGUUACUGACCGGCAUUAAUUGGAGGCAGUAAUAUUUAUGCGAAAAGCUACAGAAACAAUCUCAGUAGCAAAUCAUUUAAACAUAAACCCGGUUUAAUGGCACUGGCUAAAACCAGCUGAUUCGGUGGCAAAAUAAAAACAUGUAAAAACUGUUGUCAAUUUGUAAGAGGGCAGCUUUAAAAUACCUAAACAAGAUAUAUUUAAAUUGCAUCUGCUUUUAUGUACUAUUGAUUUCGCCCUUAAUUUGCUAAUGUGUCUGGAAACCUUACGUACAAAACUGGGUUAGAGCGAGCAACUUCAUUAUCAUUUAUGAUAGGUUACGAUAAUGGUAUCGAGUGAAACAUAUUCGCCAUUAUGAUUCACUAACAUAAUUUCGUUUUUAGACGCAUUUGAGCAUCACGUAAUUAUACUUGAUUGUUUUUUUUUAUGUCCUUAGAAUUGGUUAAUGCCAAUGUGCUUAGGUGCCUUGUUCAGUGUGUUUAAUUAAAAUAGCACAACACAAACAAAAGAACGCCUUAUAGUUUGCAACGCACUAUUUUACUUGUUAGAAAUGUGUUUUUUUUCUUAAAUUCAUGUGGAUGUUCAAGGAUACAUUGUCAGUGCCAGCGCUUAUUCGUUCAUUGUUCUAAUUUAAGUGAGAUGUUAACAUUAUCUAUCUAUAAUUUUGGUAGCAUGCAAUACACAGGGUGUGUCAGUUAUGAAUUGAAGAUUACAACUGUUUUUCUUAAAAACACUAGAGAACAUAAAGAGCUUUAUAUGAGAAAUAACAUGUAUGCAAUUAUUAUUUCUAAACGAUGAUUGAAUAGUAUGAAUAUAUGACUCAUUUUAUACGUUCCAGUUUGAAAAUCGAUAUUGUCAAUCAAAUGUUUUUGUUGAAAACCUUGAGCAACACACUCAGGUCUCCGAACGCAAGAAAACUUCUUCCUUUGCUAUAUAUGUAAACAGUCACGUUUUGCAUCGUCAACAUAUGACGAAGUUGUCUGUCAAUUUAGAAAGCAGUCAAAACUAAGGUGAAGUGGUAUCGGGAAUAGAGGAGGCCAAUGAGGGUGUUUCUUUUGAAAAAGAAAAGCUGUAUAAAUAAAUAAUAAAAAAAUAUAUAAUGAAAUUGUACACACUAUUGAUCUUUACACACUAUUAGUAACGCGGCCCUUUAAUCGAAAUGAUUGCACCACUUAUCAAUGGUCUCGAACCGCAAUGGAAUCACCUUCUCGUACGAAGAAACCGUCGCGUGUGGUCUUCCGGAGUGUAUUCUAGCUUUAACACCGUACAACUUAAGCAUAAAACAUUGUUGUUAUAAUGCUGCUGUCAUGUUCACAAAUGAUUUUUUUUCCUGCAUUGAAUGUCUGUCAUUACUCAAUGUUAAAGUAGUUAUUUAGGAACCAUUUAGCAAUAUGUAAAGAAUACAACAAAUAAGCAGAAACAGUGCAAUGUAAUCAUGUAUUAAAAAGGACAUUCAAAGGGAUUGAUCCUACAGAUGUUCCAAUCUCAGUUACGGCCCUUUCUUAAAACGUGACAUGAAGUAAAAAAAAGAUUAAGGUUCAUUUAAGCACAUCAUUAAGAAUGUAAAUAAUGUGUUUUGAGUUUUGUGAUAUGUUUUUUUGUUAUAGAAAAGAGUACUGCUGUUUGUAAACCUUUUUACUUACAAAUUUACUAUAAAUCUAAUACGGGCCAUGUUUUACAACGAAACGUGUAAAAUUAUAUUUGCAAUCUCCUUACUUUAAUUCCUUUUGCAACACACCGAUAAACAGUGACUGCAUGCGCAAUUGUCUAUUUUUAAUAAUGUUAUUUCAUGUUUCACCUUUUUGUGUAUACAUGCACUUGUUUGUGUUUACAUUUUUCACAGUUGCCCAUAUUUUAAGUAUUAUUAGAAUAGUGUUUUCAUUUAGUUGUAUAUGUUUUA